AUGAAGUGCUGGACGAUAACAAGCAUCGACGAUACACUUGCUUCUGUCGCUUUUGAAGCCUGCAAUGCUGGUUUGCAUGACCAUACAGGCGUAACUCCAGGUCGCUUGGGUCCCCAGUCAAGAGCCUUUGUGCACAGAUGCUCGUUAUUCUUUCCUGACCCUGACGCUCCCCAUAAGUGCAAUGCUCAGUGGUGUGGACUGUGGGAAAGAGAUGGAUACAUCGCAGAAUUCCAUAGGACGAUGAAGACAUUGGAUGGGGAUCAGCAGGAAUCGCUAAAGCAAGGUUUACGGGACAUAUUUUCGGAACUUCACUGUCUACCUUCGAGUGGUGUGAGGGUGUGGAUCCAAAAGAAGGAUGCCAUAGUAUUCGUAACAAAUCCUGCAUUUUAUAGGAUCGACCGCAUUGGAAGGGGGGGCGAGAGUCAGAGGAGAGCUCCAAGAGCGCGUCGGACUAUGAAGGUGAUCAAGGGAAAGCGCAUAUUUGCGGCUGAUCUCAUGGACUCACAACCAUUCGACGCCGAUGGGAAUUUGAGAAGGAAGACAGAGAGGCAAAAGCGUCGGGAGAUUCACAAAAAGAUGACUAUGGAAAAGAGAAACAAAAGGGUACCCCCACCCCCACGUCCUCGCAAGUCCAGGCCAUUCCCAAUGAGUGAAUCAGCACAUGUGGUGACAGAUGAUGAAAUGGAUGUGGAUUAG